GGCUCAAGCGGAAGCCCUAGCUGCUGACUCACGCCUACUCUCUCCACUCUCUUCACUCUCCAAUCUCAGCUGUUACCAUCGCCGUUGAUUAGUGCUUCUCAUCAUCAUACCUUCAGGUGGCAGUCAUCGGUUGUUUAGGGUUAGUUCUACAACAUCAUCUGGAAAAUAGGGUUUUGAUAGCAAAAAAUUGAGCCAAGUGCUUUGCUUGUCCGUUUAUUAUAUUUCUUCCCCAAAAUCAUGAAUUUGAAGCACUUGCUCUCCAGGCAGACAAUUAAAGGCUUAUCAAGAUUCAAUGGAAGAAUACUAUCUCCGUAUUCCUAUAUUUAUAAGGAUUCUUUCGCUAUCACGACCCCCAUUUCUCAUUCAAUUUAUUCAUCAGGCAGUUAUGAUUCUACUUUUCAGAACCUUGCAUACCCAAAACUGGCUCCGUCCUCAAAUAGAUAUGCUCAUUCUCUUCCAGAAACUAAACUGGGCGGCUCAGGCACGGACCCAGAACUUGAAUCUGAUGAUUCUGACGAUGGAAACAUGAAUGAGUUCCUUUCCCGAUUUGUCUGGAUAAUGCGUGGAAAGCUCAUGGAAGUAUACACUGACUGCGACAAGCAGACAAUUGAUGGGAUGCUUUUGAUCAUUGUUCGCAAGGUUGUAUCAGAGAUGGAGAAGGGUGGCCUUGAGCAGAUGCUUGGUGCAGCAGUGGCCGCACCAUCUCAGGAUUUUAGUGAGGAUUUAUGGAAGACAGUUUGGGAGGUUAGCAAUUUGGUAUUGGAUGACAUGAAGAAGGCAAGAAACAAGGAAAAAAUGAAGGGUUUUCUCCAAUCUGAAGAAGUUAAGGAAAUGUCUAGAUUUGCAGGUGAAAUAGGCAUUAGAGGGGAUAUGCUGAGGGAGCUCAGGUUCAAAUGGGCUCGAGAGAAAAUGGAGGAAAGUGAGUUUUAUCAGAGUUUGGAGCAUCUCCGAGAAGAAGCCCAGGCUGAAGAAGGAGAAGAAGCAGUAGGUAAUGAGGAGGUUAUUGGGGAUGACCUUGUAGAGGAUGAAAAGAAAGAAAAGGUUGUAUCUCUCCCCAAGAGACAUGGGAAGAUUAGAUACGAGAUUUAUGGUCUUGAUCUCUCUGAUCCUAAAUGGACAGAAGUGGCUGACAAAGUCCAUGAGAGAGAAGAAAUUAUUUGGCCCCAGGAACCCAAACCAAUAUCAGGAAAAUGCAAAUUGAUAACUGAGAAAAUCCUUAAUAUGAAAGAGGAGGAUGACCCUUCUCCCUUGUUGGAUGAAUGGGCAGAGCUUCUCCAGCCUAGCAGGAUUGACUGGAUUUCUUUACUUGAUAGAUUGAAAGAAAAUAAUAGUCAUCUAUACUUUAAGGUAGCAGAACUUGUUUUGAGCAAAAAGUCUUUCCAAACUAAUAUCCGUGACUAUUCAAAGCUUAUUGAUGUGCAUGCUAAGGAGAAUCGCGUGGAAGAUGCUGAGAGGAUUCUUAAGAAGAUGAAUGAAAAUGAUAUCUUACCUGAUAUUCUAACAUCCACUGUUUUGGUUCACAUGUACAGCAAGGCAGGCAACCUUGAGCGUGCAAAAGAAGCAUUUGAAGGCUUGAGGAGCCAAGGCUUCCAACCAGACACAAGGGUCUACAACUCAAUGAUCAUGGCAUAUGUGAAUGCUGGCCAACCCAAGUUGGGUGAGUCACUCAUGAGAGAGAUGGAGGCAAGGGAUAUCAAACCCACAAAGGAGAUUUACAUGUCAUUACUUCAGUCAUUUGCCCAACGUGGUGACGUUGGUGGAGCCCAACGUAUCUCAACCACCAUGCAGUUUGCUGGGUUCCAGCCUAGUUUGGAGUCUUGUACAUUGCUUGUUGAGGCAUAUGGGCAAGCUGGCGAUUCUGAUCAGGCAAGGAACAGUUUUGACUAUAUGAUAAAAGUUGGACACAGGCCUGAUGACAGGUGCACUGCUAGCAUGAUUGCAGCUUAUGAGAAAAAAAAUUUAUUGGAUAAGGCUUUGAAUCUUCUAUUGCAGCUUGAGAAGGAUGGUUUUGAGCUGGGGGUGGCUACAUAUGUUGUUCUGGUGGAUUGGCUAGGGAAGAUGCAGCUGGUUGAUGAAGCUGAGCAACUACUGGGCAAGAUAGCUGAGCAGGGGGAGGCUCCUCCUUUAAAGUUUCAUGUAAGCCUUUGUGAUAUGUAUUCAAGGGCCGGGGUUGAGAAGAAGGCUCUUCAAGCUCUAGGGGUUGUGGAGGCUAAGAAGGAGCAGUUGAACCCUGAGGAUUUUGAGAGGAUUAUAAAGGGGCUUAUAGCUGGUGGGUUUGUGCAGGAUGCUCGAAGGAUACAUGGGGUGAUGGAGACUCGGGGGUUUACUGCAUCUGAGCAGCUUAAGAUCAUCCUAAUGUCAUCUCAAGCCGUUGGUCGUGAAAGACCAACAUUCCGAUAGUUUGAUGAGAGUCAGUUAGGAGCACUUUUAACGCAUUGCUUGGCCGGAAGUGAUUUAAUCGACAGAGAGCUAGUUUCUUUACCAUAUUGUACUCUGAACCUGGCAAUGUGAGUUUUGCCAUGUUCCCAUACCCACAUAUCAGAUGCAUCUCACCUUUUUUGUGAACCACCAGUGACUGGUCCGCUGUGUGAACUAAGAGAGAUGAGUUGUUUAGUUUGCAAUAAACUUAUUGAUGAUUGAAUUUGGCAUCAUUUGUUAUUGCUUAGUACCAUAUGAAAGAAUUAUUUUAAUUUCUUUAAUCC